GGGCUGCCGGGGCGGUGGCGGGGGCUCUUCCCGGGGCUCGACCUGUCCUCUCCUGUCCUUCUCUUCCCUGAUGGAAGCCGGGCGUCGGGUUUUCCAGCCUGGGGACCGGUGGAGUUGCCUGCAUCCGGGCCCCCGGCUACCCGGCGGCAGCGCCGAGAUAGGGUAUCUUAGGUAUCGGGCCUCUCACCCGAUUUCCCGCAGGCAGACCCCGAUCCGGCCCCUCUCCCGGGCCUGGUAUUGGGCCGUCGGGGGCUCUAGGGAAAAGAGCCUCCGGGCACUGAGCGGCCUGGCCUGGGGGAAUCCCGGAGGGUGGACAGAGCGCGGCUCCUCCGGACCAGGACAGGGUCCGACAGGAACUGCAGACGGUCCCUGCCCGCAAGGAGAUAAUACGGGGUUGGGGUGUGAGUGCGGACAUAAUCCAUGCCCACAGAAUUGCAAUAGAAGUUUCCAAGGAGUGUUGGUGUCUUGUACAUUUGGGCAGCGAUUCUAGACCGAGUUGUGCUCUCAUUCUGUGGUGCGUGGUCUGGUUGCUUCACAGCUCCGGGGUUACACAGACUUCUUACUUAAAGGAAGUGACCAUUGUGACUGGGGCAUCACUUAGCUGGUGGUGUCAGUUGGAGAGGGAAGUGCACUGAUUACACGUCUGCUGUGUACGCGUGGGGUCUCUUUGGCCACGGUGAACUCUGCCAGACUUCUGUAUUCAUCAGCUGGUCCUUUCCCAAGGGAAUUGUUAGGCUGUAGUUGAGUAACAGUGUGGCUGUGGCCAGUGGACAAAUUCUAGUCAAAUUGUUCCCAUCCAUCACCGAUGGUGCAAAGCAAGGGCACACGGGAUGUCUGGCAUCACUUUUACUUUGUCCAGAAGAUUCACUUUGGAAUACAUUUAGCAUAGUCUGGGAGCGUCACAGAAGCAAGAAUAUAUAUGGGAGAUUAGUAAUAUAGAGGCAGAAUACUUUAUGGUGUUAUGUGGUCUGCCACUCUAGGAAAACCCUGAAUCAGUUGCGAACUGCCUCAUGAUGACUGUGCUCUUUAAACAUCUGAGGGAUGGGGGCAGGAGAGACAUUAUAGACCACAUUGCAUAUUGUGCACUAACUGAGCCUGUACUAACCUGCUCUAGGAAAUAAUUACAUAGGGGCUAUUUCUUUUCUUUUUUCUCAUUUUAAAAAUUUCUUUAUUUGGCUCCCUUAGCAGUCCAGAUUUUGUUUUCAGAGAAGUAAAAAACCUGUGAAAAAGACUUCUGUCUUUCAGGCAUGCCCUUGGGCUCUCCGUAAGAAUCCUAAGGAGUGGUAAUUUGGUUAUCCUCCCUGUUAUCUGAGAAACCUGAAUCUGGGAGAGAUGGUUACCUCCAAGUGAUACCAGGAACUUCAUCUCUUGAGUCUCACUGGCUGUAAAAGAAAGAUUGCAAACAUUCUGGUGUGAGGAACAGCUCACUAGUAUUAAAGUGGUUUUGGGCAUCUCCUGUUUGAAAGGUGGGCUGAUUUAGAAGACCCUGCUUCUCUUAGGGUUGAGUGGAAACAAACAGCAUGUUACAACUCUGAGUCUCAUGAUGAUAGAAUUCUGAUUUGUAAUAACAGUGGACCAACCAGGUUUUUAAGUACUGAUCAGAGAAAGAAUGGUUUAUUUUUGGCAAAGGUGUAAGAAAAAGCAAAGCCUCAAACCUACCGCUAACAAUUUUGCCAGGUGCUAAUUACUAUAAUUUUAUGUCUACAGGAAACCCUGGUGGCAUAGUGGCUAGAUGCUAUGGCUGCUGACCAAAGGGUCGGCAGUUUGAAUCCACCAGGCGCUCCUUGGGAACUCUAUGGGGCAGUUCUACUCUGUCUUAUAGGGUCGGUAUGAGUCAGAAUCAACAGCACUGGGUUUGGUUUGGUUUUUUUUGGUUAUGUCUACAUACAUGGGACUGUUUUCAGGAAGUAUAUUGGGUCCUUGUGUUAUGUUUCAGGAGUGGCAAGCCACCCUCUUACUCAACUUGGGUCCUGCUUUCGCUCAAAAGACUCCUAUGGCUAAUGUUUAAUAACUUUCCGGAGUAGCCAGUCCUACGUGUGCAGAAGAUAUGUAGAUAAAAGACUAUUGGUUUUGAACUGAUUUUUUUCACCCAUAUUAUAUAUAUGGAUUUUCCUUACUGAAGAUGACUUUAAGUUCUAGUAAAAUCAUUUUUAAAUAUACUUCUCUGUGACAUUUCAUUUCUCAGAUUAUUUCUUUUGGUAGGAUUUAAAGCUAAAAAAUUCAGCAUGAUCUUGGUCUUCCUUUUCUUUGUAAUUAUACAAGGAGUGAGAAUGCAUGUAAUUAGCGGUAUAUAAUAGUUGAAUUUUCACAAGGAGGUAAAAAGUUUUCCCAUAGUUCAAUCAGAUUCUGCUCUUAAGACUCAGUUCAGUUUUCGGAAAUGCUUUUAUUUUCAAUGAAAUGGUGAAGUGUUUGUAUUACAAUAUUGCCUUUAUGAUUAUUCACUGUUUUUAAUCUAAAAAGAAAGAAGGAAAGAGAAAUAUUUUUGCAAUAUAAUUUUAUGGCAGUGUGUUUACUUAAUUCAUCUUGGCCCCCAUUUUGCUAUUUUUAAUGAUGACAGCAAUAGCAUCAUUACAGUUUCAAUUCAAGUUACAUUCCUGUAUUCUGUACCAUUGUAAGCCUUUUAAAUUAUAUCCAGAACAAUGAAUAUUAUGAACACGCCCUACAGCCUAAUAUCCAGUGUGAUCUCAUAAAGCCGUUAAGGUACUAUACCAGAAAGUAAAUAUUACCUAAAUGGACUUCUGAAAUAAAAGAUACAAAUCUCUGGAACAUUUGGAUAAUGUGACAGUUGCCAUGCAGUGAUGUCGACUCUCUGUCCGCCACCAUCUCCAGCUGUUGCUAAGACAGAAAUUGCUUUAAGUGGUGAAUCACCUUUAUUAGCAGCUACCUUUGCUUACUGGGACAAUAUUCUCGGUCCUAGAGUAAGGCACAUUUGGGCUCCAAAGACAGAACAGGUACUUCUCAGCGAUGGAGAAAUAACUUUUCUUGCUAACCACACCCUAAAUGGGGAAAUCCUUCGAAAUGCAGAGAGUGGAGCCAUAGAUGUAAAGUUUUUUGUCUUGUCUGAAAAAGGGGUAAUUAUUGUUUCUUUAAUCUUUGAUGGAAACUGGAAUGGGGAUAGGAGUACCUAUGGACUAUCAAUUAUACUCCCACAGACGGAACUGAGCUUCUAUCUCCCACUUCACAGAGUGUGUGUUGAUAGAUUAACACACAUUAUUCGCAAAGGAAGGAUAUGGAUGCAUAAGGAAAGGCAAGAAAAUGUUCAGAAGAUUGUCUUAGAAGGCACAGAGAGAAUGGAAGAUCAGGGUCAGAGUAUUAUUCCAAUGCUUACUGGGGAAGUAAUUCCUGUAAUGGAGCUGCUUUCAUCUAUGAAAUCCCACAGUGUUUCUGAAGAAAUAGAUAUAGCUGAUACGGUGCUCAAUGAUGAUGAUAUUGGUGACAGUUGUCAUGAAGGCUUCCUUCUCAAUGCCAUCAGCUCACACCUACAAACAUGCGGCUGUUCUGUAGUCAUAGGUAGUAGUGCAGAGAAAGUGAAUAAGAUAGUGAGAACAUUAUGCCUUUUUCUGACUCCAGCAGAGAGAAAAUGCUCCAGAUUAUGUGAAGCCGAAUCAUCAUUUAAGUACGAGUCAGGGCUCUUUGUGCAAGGCCUGCUGAAGGAUUCAACUGGAAGCUUUGUGCUACCCUUCCGGCAAGUCAUGUAUGCUCCCUAUCCCACCACACACAUAGAUGUGGAUGUCAAUACUGUGAAGCAGAUGCCACCGUGUCAUGAACAUAUUUAUAAUCAGCGUAGAUACAUGAGAUCAGAGCUAACAGCGUUCUGGAGAGCCACUUCAGAAGAAGACAUGGCUCAGGAUACGAUCAUCUACACAGAUGAGAGCUUCACGCCUGAUUUGAAUAUCUUUCAAGAUGUUUUACACAGAGACACUCUGGUAAAAGCCUUCCUAGAUCAGGUCUUCCAUUUGAAACCUGGUUUAUCUCUCAGGAGUACUUUCCUUGCACAGUUUCUGCUUGUGCUUCACAGAAAAGCCUUGACGUUAAUAAAAUACAUAGAAGAUGAUACGCAGAAGGGAAAAAAGCCCUUUAAAUCUCUUCGGAACCUGAAGAUAGACCUUGAUUUAACAGCAGAGGGCGAUCUUAACAUAAUAAUGGCUCUAGCUGAAAAAAUUAAACCAGGCCUACACUCGUUUAUCUUUGGGAGACCUUUCUACACUAGUGUACAAGAACGGGAUGUUCUAAUGACUUUUUAAAUGUGUAGCUUGUUAAUUAUGUUUUGUCACAAUCAUGAUUGCUGUUCAAGUAGCUCAGCGGUGUGGGGAACAUCAUUCCCUCUGGUCACGCCCCCAGAGCCCCGCUCAGCAAUUGCAGUUAACUGGUAGUUACACUACAGUUGUCACAGAAUCCGUAAGGGAAUGUCAGCGGCAUCCUGAGAAUGGAUGCCUCUUUUCCUGGAUGAGCUCCCUUGGGAUACAGACUUACGUUUACAAUUGUAAUAAAAAUUACUGCUAUCUUUUAAAGAUGUAAUGGUAAUAGGAUAUAAACUUGACCACAACUACUGUUUUUUUGAAACUUCUGAUUCAUGGUUUACAUAUAUCAAAGUGAAAUCUGAGUUAGCUCUAACUAGGUAAGAUACUAGCUGACUUUCAGUCUUUUAGUGUUCCUUGGUCUGUGAUUUUUGCUGUGAUAUUUUUGUAAUCAACUGACAUUGAGUGCAUCUGAAUCAUUUACCCUUCCACAGAAAGGAAGUUAGCUUUAGAAAAAAAAUAUCAAUCAAGCAGAUGUUGGAGUGAAAUUAAAUAUUAGACCCUAUUUUUUAGACCUGGUCCCUAGGAUUCAGUCUGUUCAGGAAUGUCAAGCACUAUGUAUGGUCCCUGUUUAUGGUGAACGACAGUCAGGUUAUUUUGUUUGUUUUAUUGUUGUGGUUGUUAACUAUUCUGUAUAGUUGAGCUCUGUCCAAAAAAAUAUAGGAAAUUGGGUUUUAUCUGUUAGUAGUCGUCGCCACUUUUUUGAUUAAUUUUUAGGAGUUUGGAAGCCAAACUGAACUGUGCACCUCCUGUGCCUUUUUUUCCUUGGAAAAUACAAUUACUUGGAAGAGUUUAGAUUUCAGUAGCCAGUCAUUUUCAUCUUGUUUUCCUCUUGCGCAGCCUUGCCUUGUACCUGAUUUGGCAAUCAUUGUAACUCGGAGAUUGUAAAAUGCAAUAGAGAAGAUACUAACUAGUGAGAUCUUUUUUCAGAUGCAGAGAACAGUUUCUUCGUUCUUAUAUUUCUGCUUGUAUUUUUUAACUUGUUGCCAUGUGGGUUUGCCUAUGUCGCUUGAGGACUAGCAGGAGGAACUUUACUAAAGUGCUACUUUACCAGGUGCUACUUUGGCAGAACUAAGUGAUCUGUUCCUUUCAUUUCCUUAAUGUGUUUGGACCAUUUUGCUAGCUAUAAAAUAACUGAUUAACAUAUUUCUGUGCUAGAUCAGAGUUGACAUAGUAUACACAAACACAAAUAUUUUUAUUUAAAACUGUGGAAGUAACACAAAAGGGAAAAAAUACUUAUAAGAAAGGGAUAAAAGUGAUAGAGCCCCCAUGCCCAAGUCCACCAAAUUUAACCAAAAAGAACACAUUCGGUUCUGAAAGGUCAUAAUAGACUUUCACAUAAUGAAUAAGAAAGGUGUAGACAUCUUGGGUUUUAGAUACACACUGAACUAGAUGACUGAUGCACUGUUUGCUCAAAGUCGUGAAAAGGUUUAUAAUAGCACCUUAGAGUGUCCCAUAGUUUACUCAGUGCUUUUUAUGGAAUAGAUUCUUAUUUAAAUGCUGACUGAUUAUUUUAUUUUGCUGGUUUUAUUCUACUGUUACACAGAAUGCAAGUUGUACAGUGAAAUAAGUUAUUAAAGCAUGUGUAAACAUUGUUAUAUAUCUUUUGUCCUAGAUGGAGAAUUUUGAAUAAAAUGUCUUAGAAAUUC